UUAUAGAUUUUAAAAGUUCAUAAUUGCCUGCUAAGUAUGAGCCAACAUUUAAUUCAACUAUAUCGAUUUUUUUCGACUGGUUCUUCACCAAAUUUAGAAGCUAUGAAUUUCUUAAACUCUGGAUCAUUGAUGUUAUUAGUUGGUGGUUGUUUACUUUCAUUUUGCUGGGAAUAAUUGAUGUUGUUGACAUAUUGUAAUCUACAUCACUGUAUUUAAGCUCAGCUUCAGGUUUGGAUUUAACAACAAGUAUGAUCGUUUCAAUAUUUGCAUCCAAUUGUUUAGUUGACUGUACAUCACCAAAUGAAAAGAAGGAGGUUGGAGUUUCAUCAUCAUCGUUUGAUUUUAAAGCGGAAGCUUUUUAAGGUCGCUUUGAAGGAGGUAUAUCAGUUUUUGGCCGUGAAAUUGAGUGAGGAAUAAGUGAAGCAACAGAUAUUCAUACAUAUGAUAAUCGACUCGGAUUAGUUACACUGUCAACAAAUGUUAACCUUGAAUUAAUACUUCUGUCUAGUAAAUUACAGUCUAGGAUAGUUUAGAAACUCUUUUAAAUAGAAUGGAGCCGGUUUUCUGAUUAUUAUGAAAUCAAGAACAUCUUCUGGAAAUUGUUCACCAUUAAAUCCAGCAACAGAUUUACUUCCCCUUUUAACCUUUCCCUUUGAAUAGAGAACAUCUUCAACUCUUUAAAAUCCAACAUAUAGAAUCCUUUCCCUCAUUCAUUAAUCUAAUUUUCUGUCGAUGUAGAAUCCAAGAUUUUUCUAGCAAAUGAAACGUAAUACUUUUUAGUUAUCGACCUUUCCAGUUUUGAAUAAAUGUCUACAUAUAUUUUUCAAUUCGCCAAUAUCUUCUCUUGUUGAGUGUAAGUGCAGUCAAACCUCUAAAAAUUAGACUCUCUUAAAUUGAGACGUUACCAAGCAACAUAGACGCAGCACCGCUAAUUGAAUAUAAGGAUAAACUAAAAAUGAAUUAAAAAUUACAUAUAAUGACCGAUGCUGAGCACAAUUGAUUUCAGAGACUAAGAAAUUAUCAUUAGUUUAAUAAAAACUUAAAUUUAAUCAUACAUUAUGUAUUAUGAACGUUUCUCGAAGUCCAAAUCUAUUUUCAGAGUUGAUGCUUUAUAAAUAGCCUCAAAGCUAUCCCCACGAAGUCUCAUUUUGUGAGGUUUGACUGUAUUGUGAAAAGUUAUUAAACGCUUUAUCUAUAUUAUUUAGGCAUAAGCAUUAGUUUGUUUUAUAAUGUUUAUCAAUGAACUUCCAGAUGAAUGUUUGCUCAUCAUUUUUGGCUCAAUAAAUGAAUUGGAUGAUUUAGUAAGCUGCUAUAAAGUAUGCAGCAAAUGGAGCCAUUUAAUUGCGGAGCGAACUAGAAAAGUUAAAUAUUUGUUUGAACAUUACGAGUGCUGGAAUGGUGAAACCUCUCCAAAUUAUGCGUUGGAUCAUGUUUAUUAUUGCAAACAGGAACAGAUUGAUGCAACUUGUCUGAGCACAUUUUUUCCAAAUUUAAUUAUCGCCGAUUUUUCUGGAUUCCUUGCAAAAGUAAAAUAUGAAACUAUCGUAACAUUGGCCAAAAGGAUGAAAUCUUUAAAAGGAGUGAGUAAUCAUUACCAUUAUGACAGAUAUGAAUCGAUUUUCCAAUAUUGUGAUGGACUCCAAAUGGUAUCAAACUAUGACAUUGAGCCAUGGAUAAGAGAGAAUGGUGCCAACAUUAAACAAUUGCACCUUUACAGUUCUAAAUUGGAUAGAUUCAAGGAAGAUGCACAUUGUUUUCCAAAUCUUGAAAGGUUACAUAUUUUUAAUACUGAAGGCUCGCCAGAUGGUCCUUACGAUGGUCCCGUAUUAGGAAGACUUAAAAUAGUUGAAUUGGAGUUACCUUCUGAUACAACCAGACGAAUUUAUUAUGGUUUUCAGUUCAUGGAUUCAUGUCCAAAUUUGCAAAGUGCUCAUAUUAGUUUGCAGUCUUGUCGCCUUUUUGUUGAUGAAUCAUUAACGCACAAAUCUUUGCAAGAUUUAGUUAUAACAUUUUAUAAUUCAGUUUAUGAUGGUAUUUUCGACUGGGACGAAUUGAAAAGAUUGUUCAUGAAAUAUCCAAAUCUUAAACAUCUUGCACUGUGCGACAACAGGAAACUGAGAGAUUGGCAUAUCGAGCGAUUGGUUCGCAUUUUACCCAAUUUAGUGUUAUUUGCUGUUCGUGGAUGCCCAAGAGUCACUCAGGCGGCUGCUAAUUAUGUUCAAGACUAUAAUAAACUUUAUGGACGAUCAAUCAAGUUUUACUUUAAAGAUAACUACCAUGAAAUUCAAUCAGAUUGGCCUCAGUUAUCAACUAGAGGUGAAAAAAUCAGCCAAGGUUUUGAUUUCAUGAAACAUUGCUUUCUUAAAGAUUUUGACAACCUUUCUGCUUUCUUGAUCACUAGCGAUAACUAAACAACAAAAAUGCACAGUAAAGCUCAUUUUUUAAUCGGCCAAUUCUGGUUAAUUGUAUCGUUUUCUAACUUUUAUUAUAUAAUUGCAGUUUGUUCCGUUAACUGUUUUUCGUAAAUACACGAACAACAGUUUUAUUACAAUAUGUAUAAUUGAUAACGAAAACUAUCUCAUUCUUGUAUUUGUCUCAAAGCUACUCAUCACCA